UAAAGAGAAAGAGAUAAAAGGGUUAAAGCAGAGGGAGAAAGAAAGAAAGAAAGGAGGAAGGAUACAAACAUUUGUUUGUGGGGGAGGGAGGGAGUGGGGGACUGUUUCUCUUAAUAACAACACUCUUUUUGCCCACACUCUAGAGAGCGGUUGGCUUUCCCUUCUUUUGCAGAUUUGGAUUUGGUGGUGUUAGUGGCUUCCUUUCUCAUCACUAUUUUCAUGCCUAUAAUUCUGUCCUUUUAACUGGUUUUGUGUGAAGAAGGAAAAGAUGGCGGAGGAGGGGGAGAAAGCUGAAGUUUUGGAGGCAGUGUUGAAGGAAACUGUGGAUUUGGAGAACAUUCCCAUUGAAGAAGUGUUUGAGAAUCUGAGAUGUAGCAGGGAUGGUCUCACAACUCAGGCUGCCGAUGAGAGGCUUGCCAUUUUUGGCCACAAUAAACUUGAGGAGAAAAAGGAGAGCAAAUUCCUCAAGUUCCUGGGGUUUAUGUGGAAUCCUUUGUCAUGGGUUAUGGAGGCAGCUGCAAUCAUGGCUAUCGCUCUUGCUAAUGGAGGAGGAAAGCCCCCGGAUUGGCAAGAUUUCGUUGGUAUUAUCACGCUGUUGGUGAUCAACUCGACUAUCAGUUUUGUUGAAGAGAACAAUGCUGGUAAUGCGGCAGCGGCUCUCAUGGCUAGUCUAGCCCCCAAAGCCAAGGUGCUUCGAGAUGGGAAGUGGAGCGAACAAGAUGCUGCAAUUUUGGUUCCUGGUGAUAUCAUCAGUAUCAAACUUGGAGACAUCAUUCCAGCUGAUGCUCGACUACUAGAAGGAGAUCCUCUCAAAAUCGACCAGUCUGCUCUCACUGGGGAGUCUCUUCCUGUGACAAAAGGUCCUGGAGAUGGUAUAUAUUCUGGUUCCACCUGCAAACAAGGAGAAAUUGAAGCUGUGGUUAUUGCCACCGGUGUUCAUACCUUCUUUGGUAAAGCAGCACAUCUAGUGGACACAACUAACCAAGUUGGACACUUCCAAAAGGUUUUGACAGCAAUUGGGAACUUCUGCAUUUGCUCGAUUGCCGUUGGAAUGAUUGUGGAGAUUAUUGUCAUGUACCCCAUCCAAGAUAGGCAAUAUCGUCCUGGGAUUGACAAUCUUCUUGUGCUUCUGAUUGGAGGAAUACCAAUAGCUAUGCCUACAGUCUUGUCCGUAACUAUGGCCAUUGGUGCUCAUAGACUAGCUCAGCAGGGAGCCAUCACAAAGAGAAUGACUGCAAUCGAAGAGAUGGCAGGCAUGGAUGUGCUUUGCAGUGAUAAGACUGGAACAUUGACUUUGAACAAACUGACGGUUGACAAGAAUCUUAUUGAGGUGUUUGCAAAGGGAAUUGAUGCAGAUACUGUGGUCUUGAUGGCUGCUCGAGCCUCGAGAACAGAGAACCAAGAUGCAAUCGAUGCAGCCAUAGUCAAUAUGCUGGCUGAUCCAAAGGAGGCACGAGCUGGAGUUCAGGAGCUUCAUUUUCUCCCCUUCAAUCCUACUGACAAGCGGACUGCUUUGACAUAUUUGGACGGUAAUGGUAAAAUGCACAGAGUCAGCAAAGGAGCACCAGAGCAGAUUCUGCAUCUUGCACACAAUAAGUCAGAAAUUGAACGAAGAGUGCAUGCUGUGAUCGACAAGUUUGCUGAACGAGGCUUAAGGUCUCUUGCUGUGGCAUAUCAGGAAGUUCCUGAAUGCAGAAAAGAAAGUCCUGGAGGCCCAUGGCAAUUCAUUGCUCUCAUGCCCCUCUUUGAUCCACCCAGGCAUGAUAGUGCAGAGACUAUAAGGAGGGCUCUCAAUCUUGGUGUCAAUGUCAAAAUGAUUACAGGUGAUCAGCUGGCAAUAGGAAAGGAAACUGGGCGCCGUUUGGGAAUGGGAACUAACAUGUAUCCUUCAUCUGCAUUGCUCGGACAAACAAAAGAUGAGUCUAUUGCUGCUUUACCAGUGGAUGACCUGAUUGAAAAAGCUGAUGGUUUUGCCGGAGUCUUCCCAGAGCACAAAUAUGAGAUAGUCAAGAGGUUGCAAGCUAGGAAACACAUUUGUGGGAUGACUGGUGAUGGAGUCAAUGACGCUCCUGCUCUCAAAAAGGCUGACAUUGGUAUUGCUGUUGCUGAUGCGACUGAUGCUGCCCGUAGUGCUUCUGAUAUAGUUCUUACUGAACCGGGUCUUAGUGUCAUCAUUAGUGCUGUCUUGACAAGUCGAGCUAUCUUUCAGAGGAUGAAAAACUACACAAUCUAUGCGGUAUCCAUAACCAUACGUAUAGUGCUUGGUUUCAUGCUACUGGCUCUGAUAUGGAAGUUUGAUUUCCCCCCUUUCAUGGUUCUAAUCAUUGCCAUUCUCAAUGAUGGUACAAUUAUGACUAUAUCGAAGGAUAGGGUGAAACCAUCUCCACUUCCGGACAGUUGGAAACUGGCUGAGAUAUUCACCACUGGUGUCGUUCUAGGUAGUUACCUUGCGAUGAUGACGGUUAUCUUCUUCUGGGCUGCAUACAAAACUGACUUCUUCCCGAGGACAUUUGGAGUUUCCACCCUGGAGAAAACUGCACACGAUGACUUCCGAAAACUCGCCUCAGCAAUUUACUUGCAAGUCAGCACCAUCAGUCAAGCCCUCAUCUUUGUAACACGGUCCAGGAGCUGGUCCUUUGUGGAACGCCCGGGCGUCUUGCUGGUUGUGGCUUUCAUCAUUGCUCAGCUGAUUGCUACACUGAUAGCAGUUUAUGCAAGCUGGAGCUUCGCUGCUAUCGAAGGAAUAGGUUGGGGGUGGGCUGGCGUGAUUUGGCUCUACAACAUCAUAUUCUAUCUCCCACUCGACCCGAUCAAGUUCUUCAUCCGCUACGCUCUCAGUGGAAGGGCCUGGGAUCUUGUCAUCGAGCAAAGGAUUGCUUUCACAAGACAAAAGGAUUUCGGCAAGGAACAGAGAGAGCUUCAGUGGGCCCAUGCACAGAGAACACUCCAUGGAUUGCAGGCACCUGAUACCAAGAUGUUCACCGAGCGUACCCAUUUCACCGAGCUCAACAACAUGGCUGAAGAAGCCAAGAGGAGAGCUGAAAUUGCAAGGCUGAGGGAGCUCCAUACGCUGAAGGGUCACGUUGAAUCGGUGGUGAGACUGAAGGGACUCGACAUAGAGACCAUUCAACAGGCUUACACCGUCUGAAUGUCCUUCAUCGACAUACUUUCCGAAGAAUACUAGUGAGGGAAUGCAGAAAAUAGAAUGAGAGGGAAUGGGUGGAGGACAAUGUUGUGCGCCGUGAAAUCGCAAUAUGCUCUACUCGAAAGACAACCUUUGUUCGUUUUAGUUUUUUUACAUUUUGCCAAUAGUCAUGUCUAUAUAUAAGUGUCAAUGUUAAUUGUUGCUGAAGAAGGAUGUUACUGCUUUUCUGUUGAGCAUUAUCAUGAUGUACAAACUCAGGUGAUAGAUUUCGCGACAUCAUCGGUCGUUGCUCAUGCGUCUCUUUUCUCUCUGCUGCAUUGUUGAAAAGAGGUCCUCUGUAGAUUCUGUUAUGCAACACUGGCCUGUAUCAGGGCUCCAAUCAUGUUUAGUUGAGUAGCCUGAACUUACGUGGUACGAGGGUAAAUAACCGAGCUCCUGAUGAUGAUAGGCUGCGUGUUGAUAAUUCGUUUUCGGCCUAGAUAAGUUCAAAUGACCAAAACUGAAGCGAGGAGAUGAAGAAAUGCUAGUCUGUCAUUC